AUGGAGACUCUACUGUUCACAGCAGAGCAUAACAGCUCGAUUCUUUCCAAUUAUGGAGAUAUCAAUUCCUUUGGCCCCACAGCAAAGGCUGCCUUUGAUUUCACUCCUCUAUUCGAAGAUACCAUGUUCAGCAUGAUUCCAUCGGCAUUGCUCCUUCUUGUCAUGCCAUAUCGCAUAUUCACUUUGCGUGGCCAACGACCAAAAGUUGUCCCAGGGGGGUUCUUAUAUGAUAGCAAGCUUCUCUUCAUGGUAGUCUUUGCUGCAAUGAACCUAGUAUUGCUUGCCAUGCACGCCCUCAAUUCAUUGGAACGUACCAGGGUCACUAUAGCUGCUGCAGCACUGACGUUUAUUUGCACCUUGGGCCUCUGCGUGCUAUCGCAUUUGGAACACAUUCGGUCCAUCAGGCCGUCUGCAAUACUGAAUGGAUAUCUGUUGUUGACUCUCAUUUUUGAUAUUGCGCGCUUACGCACACUAUUCCUCUCCAAUACAAGUCGAUCUAUUGCUGGCAGCUUUGCAAGUAUGGUUGGCGUCAAGGUUAUGGUACUUCUCACAGAGGCAACGGAAAAACGAGGCAUAUUACUUGAACCGUAUCAAAAUUUAUCGCCUGAAGAAACAAGUGGAAUAUACAGCAGAUCUUUUUUCUUCUGGCUUAACUGGCUUAUGACGACCGGCUUUCGUCGUCUUUUACACAACGAAGACCUAUACCCUAUUGAUCGUGAAAUGUCCUCCGCAGUCCUUCGAGAACAAAUGCAGCAAGCAUGGAACGCUUCACCGAAAGAAAGCUCAAGAGCUCUUCUCUGGGCGGUAUUAAGAGCCAACAUCAAGCCAUUCCUUGUUUGUAUUAUCCCACGGCUAUCGCAAAGCGCCUUCCGUUAUGCACAACCAUUCUUGUUGUCCAGGACAAUAUCUUUUGCCAAUGAUCUGUCACAACCUGAAGAAAUAGGCUGGGGCCUAACGGGUGCCUUCUUUUUCGUUCUUUCUGGGUUGGCGUUAUCAAACGGAUGGUACUAUCAUAUGACCUAUCGUUUAAUGACCAGUAUCCGUGGUAGCCUGAUUAGUAUCAUAUAUGCCAAAACGGUCGAUCUAAAUAUUACUGCACUCGACGAGUCGGUCGCUGUUACUCUCAUGUCCAAUGAUUCCCAAGCAAUUUGCAAUGGAUUCGAAUUAAUCCACGAAUUCUGGGCCGUGCCGAUGGAAUUGAUAGUGGCAAUUUACUUGCUUUCUCGCCAGCUCGAGGUCGCAUGCCUAGUUCCAGCAAUUAUUUCGCUUAUUUCCGCUGUCUGCAUCCUGGCUAUUGCAAAUCUGAUGGGCCAGGCGCAAAAGAAGUGGAUGAAAAGCAUACAAACUCGCGUUGAUGUGACAGCUACUAUGUUGGGGUCAAUGAAGUCGGUGAAAAUGCUAGGGUUCUCUGACUGGUUGGGCGAAAUGGUCCAAGGGCUCAGGGUUACUGAACUUUUGGUAGCAAGCCUAUUUCGCAAGCUACUUAUGGUACGAGUUCUUCUAGCAAAUCUACUAUCAGUCCUGGCUCCAUUCGCUACCCUUGCUUUCUACACAGUUGUGCUAGUUUCGCAAGGUCGCAUUCUUAAUGCCGAGACUGCGUAUACGGUUUUGACAUUGAUUUCUCUCAUCAGCUCGCCUAUGAAUACAUUGAUCCGUGGUAUCCCUAUGAUGAAUGCAGCGACGGCGUCCCUGAACCGCAUUCAAGUUUACCUCGAAUCUGAUGAGCGGAGAGAUAACCGGUUAUACCUUCAGGAAGCUUCCACUUCUACUUCGAUUGAUCCGCCACUAGAGGAAGAAGGUAUAGAGUUGCAGAGUCGCACAAAAACUGCUUACAAACAGCAUUCUCAGUUGAUAGUCGCACGAGAUGUUACUUUCUCAUGGACCAAUGACGAGAAGCCUGUUGUGCGGGAUGUUAAUUUUAGUGUCUCUCCUGGUCAAUUAUGUAUAGUGAUUGGUCCAGUUGGGUGUGGCAAGAGCACGCUUUUGAAGGGCAUCCUCGGGGAGACACUUUCCACAAAGGGCUUCCUUUAUACUAACUUCGAGGAAUGUGCAUUCGUAGAUCAGACUCCAUGGAUUCGCAAUGCAACUUUGCGAGAUAAUAUUAUUGGCCUGUCCGACUUUGACGAAGAGUGGUAUAAAACUGUUGUAAAGGGAUGUGCCUUAGACCAGGAUGUUGCUAUAUUGCCAAAUGGCCAUUUUACCAAAGUUGGAACUUCUGGUAUAUCCCUCUCCGGUGGCCAGAAACAGCGCUUAGCUCUUGCCCGUGCCGUAUAUGCGCGUAAAAAAGUUGUUCUUCUCGACGAUAUCUUCUCUGGGCUCGAUGCCGAUACUGAAGAACGCAUCUUUGUGCGUCUUUUCUCCCAGCAGGGAUUGUUUCGAAAAUUAGGAACUUCUGUUUUACUGGUUACACAUGCCGUGCACAGGUUAUCAUAUGCUGAUCAUGUUAUAGCCAUGACAGCUGAUGGCUCGAUUGCUGAACAAGGCACUUUUGAACAACUCAAAGAAUCUAAAGGCUACGUUGCAAUGUUGGAAGCAGAUUACAAAGCCGAGAAGUCAAAGGAAGAUGAUAGCGAGCACGAAAAACCAGCAAAUGUGGUGCAUGCGGCUCUCUUCGAAGAAGAGGAAGAACAACUAGUUCAGGAAGAGGACACGCAACUGCAUAUCGCUCAAGAAGAUCUCACUCGCCAAACUGGUGACUUAUCUCUUUACUUGUACUAUCUACGAUCCGUUCACUGGGCAUCGUCGGCGCUCUGGGCUGCCUGCUUUAUAGCGUUUGGGGUGGCAUCUAAGCUCGGCGAAUAUGUUGUCAACCUCUGGUCAGAAGCAACUGAGAAAGAAGGAAACGGUGCCAACGCGCUAUAUCUAGGAAUAUAUGGCAUGCUGACAAUGAUUACCAUGGUCUCUCUUCUGGGCGGUGGGUACCAUUAUAUCUUAUAUUUUGCCCCAAAAAGUGCCAAAACUUUACAUGCACGGGUUUUGACUGCCGUCAUGAAUGCACCUCUCUCGUUCUUUACAUCUGUGGAUGUAGGUACAACAACGAAUAGAUUCAGUCAAGACAUGACCUUGAUUGAUAACGAUCUUCCAUAUGCCAUGAUUGAUUUUCUCCUAGCGCUUUCAACGGGUGUCAUGUCUGCCAUUCUAAUGUGCAUUUCUGCUCGCUAUUUUGCUGCUACGAUGCCUCCUGUCUUUCUUUUGAUGUGGGUGCUGCAGAAAUUUUACCUUCGAACCUCUCGCCAGAUCCGUCUACUCGAUCUAGAAGCCAAAUCACCCCUCUUCUCUCAAUUCCUUGAAAGUCUUUCCGGCCUAGUAACAAUCCGCGCAUUUGGGUGGUCUUCUAGAUUCGAAGAACAGAACCUAGUCUUGCUUGAUACGUCUCAAAAGCCAUUUUAUUUGCUUUACUGUAUUCAGCGCUGGCUUGGGCUAACGCUUGACCUUACUGUCACCUUGCUGGGAGUGAUUCUAAUGGUGAUGAUUGUUAAACUGCGAAGUGAGGUUGGUGCUGGCUAUGUUGGCCUAGCGAUUUUGAACGUUAUCACUUUUAGCCAGUCUCUGUCGUUCAUCAUUCGCAACUGGACGGAACUUGAGACUUCUAUAGGUGCGGUCGCUCGGAUACGUGAGUUUGUUACAACUACGGAAAAUGAAAAUCGCCCAGACGAGAUUUUGCCACUACCAGAUGGUGGCAGUGACGGUACAUCUCAAUCGUGGCCUCCGAGGGGAUCAAUUGAUUUCCGCAACGUUUCUGCAGCAUACAACAAAGGCGGAAAUAAGAAGCUCGUAAUUCGUAAUCUGUCACUGUCCAUUCGUGCCGGUGAGAAGAUUGGAAUCUGUGGACGAAGCGGCAGCGGAAAAAGUUCCUUGCUGGCUAUAUUAUUUCGAAUGCUCGAAGUCGAACCAGGCAGUUGCAUCACUAUCGACGGCGUUGAUAUCACGCGUGUACCUCGUCAGAAAUUACGUACAGCUCUGAACGCAAUCCCACAAGAGCCAUUCCUUACACGCGGGACUGUACGAGUAAACGCAGAUCCAUUGGGCACCCACACUACUCAGGAAAUCGUAGACGCUCUCCGCAGUGUCGAACUGUGGGAUCUCGUCCAAGAAAAAGGCGGCAUUGAUACUGACCUAGACUCCAAUUUCUUCUCCCACGGCCAACGACAACUGUUUUCCUUAGCCCGCGCCUUACUUCGCGGCAGCAAAAUCAUCAUCCUAGACGAAGUCUCCAGCAACGUAGACGUCGUCUCAGACGCAUUAAUGCAGCGCGUCAUCCGCGAAAAAUUUGGUGAUUGCACCAUUCUAGCAGUUGCGCAUCGAUUGGAAACGAUUAUGGAUUUUGAUCGGGUGGCKCUUAUGCAUGAAGGGGAGCUUGUGGAGUUGGAUUCGCCGCAGGCAUUGUUAGCGAGGGACAGUGCGUUUAGGGAGCUUUAUGAGUCGAGGAGUUUGAGUGGUUGA